UUUCCAACGUGGGGCUUGAACUCACAACCUUCUGACUCAGGUCUGAGAGUGCAAUCAGCUAAGGCAGGCUGACACCUUACGUAGAACAAGAGUGAAUUAGAACUAGACCAUUUACAUUGGAAUUGUUCGUUUGAAUAAGCCAUCUGUUUUUCUGAAGUUCCGAAAUCCCUCAAGCAAGACUCGAGGUUUUCGUAGGAAAUACCUCCGUUUCAUUGACCUUUUUCAAAUACUGUACCGAUUUGAAAAAAAAACAUGAGCAAAAGACUCAGGCUCUAAGCAAAAUAGGAGACUGACCACGACAGAAGGACACCCUGUGAACAGCAUUUUCACAGCACUCACAACGUGACCAUCAGUUUGCAAAUCAACAUGGGGCCACGUUUGGAGCCAGAUACAGCUGAACCAAUUUAAAUAAUUGCACUUUGUCAAGAUUUGCGGAAGCGAAUUCCAUUGAUUUCAAAACGAGCGUUUGACAGCCCCUGCUGUGAAAGAUUAUGAAAGAUCUGUUAUGUUUGUGAGUGUAGGAAGAAAGCAUGAAUAGUCUAACAGCAGUACUAGUGAAGCCUGCUGUGAUCAACAUCGUCCCUUGACCUUGAAUAUAUUGGUUUAUGGGACGAGUAUCAAGGUUGCUGGAGUUGUGAAUCACUGAAGCAAUGAGGCAGAAUGAGAACUCGUCUACCUGCAAGAAAAACUUUUUAACGCUGAGAAUUUGGAACCGAGAUCAAAUCUUAUCGAUUCGUUUUUUUCGGAAAGAUGAUGCAGUGGAAGCAGGUCGGGCUAUAUGUGCUCCUCGCCUUGGUGCUGAGCUCAGGCUGGGCUGCGGAGGGGAAGGCUGUGAACAGGAACUCCAUCAGGAAGCAAGAGAAUGAGAGACUGCCCUCAUCAUCCCAAGGUAGAGAGAGCCAAGAGCAAACCAGUGACAAUCACGCUGCUGACAACCAGGCGUGUGCAGCUGAUGGGGAUUGUGCAACCGAGACCUACUGCUCCAGGUCUCAUCCAAGAAGACAAAAUUGUCACUCAUGCAAGACACAAAAUAAGCGUUGCCACAGAGACAGGAUGUGUUGUUCGGGAAAUCGCUGCAUUGAUGGUAUAUGCAUCAUUGAACUUCAGAUAAGCAAGGUCAUCAAAAGGGUUCCACAGCGACUGGUAUACGAAGCUGAUGAUGAUUUGGACAUUAUACUGGGAAAUAAGAACCGUUCAAACACACGCACAUCACCCUCAGCCACAAAAGUUUAUUUUGACACAGGACUUGAAGGGGAUCCUUGUCUCAGGUCAUCAGACUGUCUUUCUGGCUUCUGCUGUAGCCGGCACCUGUGGUCCAAGAUGUGUAAGCCACUGCUUCAGGAGGACGAAGUCUGCACAAAGCACAGGCGAAAGGGGGCACGUGUGUUGGAGAUCUAUGAGCGCUGCAACUGUGAAAAAGGACUUACCUGCCAGACUCUGCAAGAUCCUGGUGCAGCUAUAAAGGCUCGACUCAGUACCUGCCAGAAACACUGACCAUUGAUGAUAAAACGGCACUGUAUUCUCUCAAGUCAUGUAGAUGCACGUGCUAAAUUAAGCUACUGUCAACACAACCGUCUAAACUAGCAGGUAGUCAAGUUAUCAAUAAUAACUGGAUAUCAAAUCUGGGAUGAAAUUGCAAAUUGUGCGAGUGUGUGUGUGUGUGUGUGAGUAUGCU